AAAAAUGCUUCUUUUUGAUUGGUUAUCGCGUACCGAAUCUACUUGACUUCGUGAAAUGGCAUUUUCCGCCAUUUUGAUUACUUCUGUUGUCCGGAGUGUUCUCGCUGAUACCCGAAAUAGUAUCGGGCCGCAUUGCGGCAAUCUGCUAUAUUUUUAUCAAGGGAUAGGUUAGACCGGCACGAUGUAUCUUUAUAAUUUGACUUUACAAGGAUCAACAGCCAUUACCCACGCUGUACAUGGUAAUUUUUCGGGUACAAAACAGCAAGAAAUAGUGAUUUCUCGUGGCAAAAUAUUGGAGCUUCUUCGUCCAGAUCCUAAUACCGGCAAAGUGCACACUCUGAUGAAAGUGGAGAUAUUCGGAGUUGUUCGCUCUAUGAUGUCGUUUCGUCUCACUGGCGGCACAAAAGAUUAUAUUGUUAUUGGAUCAGACUCUGGUAGGAUUGUGAUAUUGGAGUACAUACCUGCCAAAAAUAUUCUAGAAAAGGUUCAUCAAGAAACCUUUGGUAAAUCAGGAUGCCGAAGAAUUGUUCCAGGACAAUAUUUAGCUAUUGACCCUAAAGGCAGAGCUGUUAUGAUUGGAGCCAUUGAAAAACAGAAACUAGUCUACAUAUUGAACAGAGAUGCGGAGGCUAGGUUGACAAUUUCCUCUCCAUUAGAAGCCCACAAAUCCAAUACAUUGGUCUACCAUAUGGUAGGUGUUGAUGUAGGAUUUGAGAACCCUAUGUUUGCUUGUCUUGAAAUUGAUUAUGAAGAAGCAGACAGCGAUCCUUCAGGUGAAGCAGCUCAGAAAACCCAGCAAACACUAACUUUUUAUGAAUUAGACUUGGGAUUAAAUCAUGUAGUAAGAAAAUAUUCUGAACCAUUAGAGGAACAUGCAAACUUCCUUAUAACUGUCCCAGGUGGCAAUGAUGGACCCUCUGGAGUAUUGAUCUGCUCUGAGAACUAUCUCACAUAUAAGAAUUUGGGUGACCAGCAUGAUAUUAGAUGUCCAAUACCACGACGACGUAAUGAUUUAGAUGAUCCAGAAAGAGGAAUGAUUUUUGUUUGCUCUGCUACUCAUAAAACAAAGUCAAUGUUUUUCUUUUUGGCACAAACUGAACAAGGAGACAUAUUCAAAAUAACUAUAGAAACUGAUGAAGACAUGGUAACCGAGAUAAAGUUGAAAUAUUUUGAUACUGUACCUGUAGCUUCUUCUAUGUGUGUCUUAAAAACUGGAUUUUUAUUUGUGGCCUCUGAAUUUGGCAACCACUUUUUAUAUCAAAUUGCUCACUUGGGAGAUGAAGAUGAUGAACCAGAAUUUAGCUCUGCUAUGCCUUUAGAAGAAGGUGAUACUUUCUUCUUUGCACCACGACCUCUUAGGAAUUUAGUAUUGGUUGAUGAAUUGGAUUCUUUAUCCCCUGUAUUAGCAUGUCAUGUAGCAGAUUUAGCAGGUGAAGAUACACCUCAGGUUUACUUAGCGUGUGGACGAGGCCCACGAUCCUCUAUAAGAGCUCUGAGGCAUGGUUUAGAAGUAGCAGAAAUGGCAGUCUCAGAGUUACCGGGCUCUCCCAAUGCUGUAUGGACUGUCAGACGCCAUAAGGAUGAGGAAUAUGAUUCUUACAUCAUUGUAUCAUUCGUAAACGCUACACUUGUACUCUCUAUUGGCGAGACAGUCGAAGAAGUGACAGACUCUGGUUUCUUGGGUACAACGCCUACACUUAGUUGCCAUGCUUUGGGUAAUGACGCCCUUGUUCAGGUAUACCCUGAUGGUAUACGACACAUUCGUGCGGAUAAACGUGUCAAUGAAUGGAAGGCGCCAGGGAAAAAGUCAAUUGUCAAAUGCGCCGUCAAUCAGAGACAGGUUGUGAUAGCAUUGACAGGUGGCGAACUAGUCUAUUUCGAAAUGGAUCCUACUGGCCAGCUAAAUGAAUAUACUGAAAGGAAAAAGUUGUCAUCAGAUGUGUCAUGUAUGGCACUGGGAUCAGUGGCUACUGGAGAACAAAGAGCUUGGUUUUUAGCAGUAGGAUUGAAUGAUAAUACUGUGAGGAUAAUUUCACUAGACCCAUCGGACUGUUUAUCACCACGUUCGAUGCAAGCGUUACCAGCCAGUGCUGAAUCUUUAUGCAUUGUUGAACAACCCUUUGAAUCAGGAGCUAAAUCAGCAUUACAUCUUAAUAUUGGCUUAAGCAAUGGUGUGUUACUCAGAACCACAUUGGAUUCGGUGAGCGGGGAUUUGGCAGAUACAAGGACAAGAUACCUAGGAUCUAGACCUGUGAAACUCUUUAAAGUAAGAGUUCAAUCUAAUGAGGCUGUGUUAGCUGUAUCGUCCAGAACAUGGCUUGGUUACCACUAUCAGAACAGGUUCCACCUAACACCUCUAUCAUAUGAAUGCCUUGAAUAUGCUGCUGGGUUUAGUUCAGAACAAUGUGCUGAAGGUAUCGUAGCAAUCUCUUCCAAUACACUGAGAAUCUUGGCACUAGAGAAGUUAGGUGCCGUUUUCAACCAGACUUACUUGCCAUUAGAUUAUACUCCUAGGAAGUUUGUAAUAAACACUGAACAUAACCACAUAGUUAUUCUGGAAACUGAUCAUAACUCAUAUACUGAAGAAAUGAAAAAACAAAGAAGGGUUCAAAUGGCACAAGAAAUGCGCGAAGCAGCUGCCGGUGGCGGUCCUGAAGAACAACAGCUUGCAAGUGAAAUGGCCGACGCUUUUCUAUCUGAUAUAUUACCAGAAAACAUAUUUUCUUCACCAAAAGCAGGAACUGGAAUGUGGGCAUCACAGAUUAGAGUUGUGGAUAUGGGAAUUGGUGGUGGUCAACCCAACACAUUGUUCCAACUACCUCUUGAACAGAACGAAGCUGCAGUUUCUAUGUGUAUUCUACGAUGGAGCGCACAUGCCGAACAUGGACGACCACAUUUAGUUGUUGGAGUUGCCAAAGAUAUGGUUCUUUCACCCAGGUCUUGUUCAGAAGGCAGUUUACACGUUUAUAAGAUAUACGGAAGCACUGGCAAAUUGGAGUUAGUCCACAAAACUCCCAUAGAUGAAUAUCCCGGUGCAGUAGCUGCAUUUAAUGGCAAACUUUUAGCUGGAGUGGGUCGUAUGCUAAGACUAUAUGAUAUUGGCAGACGAAAAUUAUUACGCAAAUGCGAAAACAGACAUAUACCAAACCUUAUAGCCGAUAUCAAAACUAUUGGACAAAGAAUAUAUGUGUCUGAUGUUCAAGAAUCAGUAUUAUGUGUAAAAUAUAAGAAACGAGAGAACCAGUUGAUCAUUUUCGCAGACGACACUAACCCACGGUGGAUCACAAAUAGUUGCAUAUUAGAUUACGACACAGUUGCAAUGUCAGAUAAAUUUGGAAAUGUUGCUGUUAUGAGACUACCACAGUCUGUGUCCGAUGACGUUGAUGAAGACCCUACUGGAAAUAAGGCAUUAUGGGACAGAGGUCUUUUAAAUGGCGCAUCACAAAAAGGAGAAAUAGUAAUAAACUUCCAUGUUGGUGAGACUGUGACGUCACUACAGAGAGCAACCUUAAUUCCUGGGGGCUCUGAAGCUCUUCUGUAUGCUACUGUCAGUGGAUCCCUCGGUGUACUACUUCCCUUCACAUCAAGAGAGGACCAUGACUUCUUCCAGCACUUAGAGAUGCAUAUGAGAAGUGAAAAUUCACCACUUUGUGGUCGAGACCAUUUGUCAUUCAGAAGUUACUACUAUCCAGUAAAGAAUGUCAUAGAUGGGGAUCUCUGUGAACAGUUCAAUUCAUUGGAUCCAGAAAAACAAAAAGCCAUUGCUGGGGACUUAGAGCGAACACCAGCUGAAGUGUCAAAAAAACUGGAAGACAUUAGAACCAGAUAUGCAUUUUAAUUUAGUUUAUAUUAUAAUAUUUAAGUGUAUGUUGUAAUUAAUUGUAAGAAAUACAAUGCAUU